AUGACAACUUCAACAGAAACCAUCCAGAAACCUCUGGAGAAAUAUGUUCAUCCUCCAGAGACGAAGCACAAGCUGGACUACGCCAACCUAAUUACCCUCGACAUGGCCGAAUUCGAUCGACCAGGAGGAAAGGAAAGACUUGCCGCUCAACUCAAACAGACGGCCCAUGAAAUUGAACAAGUCGACCAGCAAUUCGCCAUCGCAAGAGAAUUCUUCGCUUUGCCCGAAGAAGAACGCUUCAAGUUCCGUGCUCCACUCGAAGAAGGAAUCUACAAUGGUUACCGACCUCUUGGAUCGAUUGAAGUUCUCCCUGGGCUGUAUGAUAACCUGGAAUCCUACAGCAUCUUCAAAUUCAUCCCCGAGACGCAACGCAGUCAACCCGAGGUGAUCAAGCGGUACUGGGCCGAUAUUGAGAAAUUCCACCGUCAUAUGCAUGAGAAUGUCUCAUAUAAGAUUCUUAAACUGCUGGCUAUAAUUUUGGAACUGGAUGAUGAGGAUGAAUUGGUUAAGGGGCAUCUCUAUGAAGCCAACUGUGAUAGCUCGCUGCGGUAUUUGAUGUAUCGAGCGAGAACGGAGGAGGAGAAUACCAAAUACAAGGAUACGUAUAUCCGUGGCCAUACAGACAAGGGUAGCUUGACGUUUGUCUUCCAACAGCCUGUUUCAGCACUCCAGGUGAAAGCAACUGAUGAGUCCGACUGGGAACAUGUCCGCAUCCAGGCAGGUGUGGUAGCUGUGAACCUAGCACGCAUGGUACAGAUGCUCACAAAUGGCUAUCUCAAGGCUGGAAUCCAUCGGGUCAUUGCCCCGCCUGAAGAUCAAGCCUGCAAUGAUCGGCUAGGAUUGCUGUAUUUCGUCCUGCCGAGUGAUCGGCUCAAGAUGAAGGCGAUGGAUAGUCCAUAUUUGAGACGAGUGGGAUAUGGGAAGAAUGAGGGGAGCAUUGAUUCUGAUAUUCCGGCGAAUGAGUGGGUGAGGGCCAGAUUUAGGAAUAAUUGGCUACCGUUUAAUCAGAGACCCUAA